AUGAUGUUUCUGAAGGGCGCUCAUGUGCCCAUAAUCCUAGUGGGCUGCGUUGGUCUCUCCAGCUUUGCCAUGGAUGCUCUUGGCGCGCACCUCAAGACGAAGAUGAGCAUGCGUCAACGCCGCUCUUGGUUGACGGCGAACCAGUACCACAUGGUGCACACGGUAGCCCUGGCAGUCAUUGCGUGGAUGAUGGUGCUGGCGAAGGAGUCUCCCGAAGCGUCUUCGCGUCUGAACAAGGGCUUCUACCUGAUACUGACCGGCGCCCUUGGAUUUGCCGGCUCCAUCUAUUCGCUGUGCCUCCGCAUCUGCCCCAAGUUUAUGGGCCCGCUCACCCCUACCAGUGGCCUUGUGCUUGUGCUGGGGUGGACAAACGUGGCGCUGGCUGGCCUAUACUGGUGA